CAUAGUCAGCAGCAGACGAAUUUCCUGGAAUUAGGGCAUUUCUCGCUGUCAUUUGUCCGGAUAUGUGAUCACUCCUCAUCUCUAUUACGACACUGUUUAUUGGAUCGAUAACAACUAGAUUGCAGUAUUUCCGUGUGGUAUGAUUCUCCCAGAAGUCGAGUCCGCUUGAAAUAGUGAAGCAGGUUAAGACCGAAGUUCCUUACAAAAAAUGCAGAUAUGCACAUACAGUUUUCCCGACAUGGAAGGAACAGGCCGUUUAUUCUAAGAUGGAUUCUAGUUGUUGCAUUCAUUAUUGACAUUUCACAUUCUCUGGAAUCUAAACAAAUACCAUUUCCUAUCCACAUAGAGAACUUUGAAGAUACCUUGAUAUGGGCUGUGAAAAUUGGCGAUCCUUCUUUCAACAAAUAUGGAUUACCAGACUUUGAAGAAGAUAAGAUUUUGCAACAGGAAGAAGAUUUAAAACAUAUAGCUCAUUCAGUUGCAAGUGACUUAGAUGUACAUAGCCUUGGUAGAGUUGGAGAGAUACCAAAUAUUUUCUUGUUUGGUUUUUAUUUUCCUGAUGGUUCUGAUAAAUCUGUUGAAUCAUGGAAAUUUGUUGAUCUUCACAACCACCACAAAAAUAUCCUGAAUGAUGAGUUGAUAAAGAAGGCUCAAGCUGAUCUAGAAAAGAAAUUUGAUGGACAUGAAAACAUUGUGUGGUACAGUCGUCAAAAAAUUGUAUCCAGACAGAAGAGGAAAGUCAAGUUUAAAGACCCUAAAUACAAGGAACAAUGGCACCUGGUAAACCAUGUCUACCAGGCCAUGGACAUCAAUGUGACCGGUGUUUGGAACAGAAAUGUCACUGGAAAGGGUGUAACUGUGGCGGUGGUGGACGAUGGUCUAGAAUGGACCAAUCCUGACCUACAAGACAACUACAAUGCAGCAGGAAGUUGGGAUUUGAACUCUGAUGACUCUGAUCCGAUGCCAAACAGUCGACUAGAAUCUAACCACCAUGGAACAAGAUGUGCCGGAGAGAUUGCGGCCGUGAGGAAUUCCAUCUGUGGAGUUGGUGUGGCCUACGAUGCCAAAGUGUCAGGAUUACGAGUCCUUGACGGACCGAUGACUGACAGCCUGGAGGCUUCGGCGUUUAACAAAAACAUGCAGAUAAAUGAUGUGUAUAGCUGCAGUUGGGGCCCUGACGACGAUGGUAAAACAGUUGAUGGACCUCACCUCCUGGCACAGGCUGCUAUGAGGUAUGGAAUCAACUAUGGGCGUGGCGGUUACGGAAAUAUAUAUGUCGUUGCUAGUGGUAAUGGGGGUCGCUUUCAGGACAACUGUAAUUAUGAUGGCUAUGCAAAUUCCCUCUACACUGUUACCAUAGGAGCUGUGGAUGAGACGGGUCAUAUGCCGUUUUACGCAGAAGAAUGUGCGUCCAUGUUGGCUGUCACUUUCAGCAGUGGUAGUUCUUUCUCACAGAGAAGUAUAGUGACCACUGAUUGGACAAAGCAUGGUGGUAACGGCUGUACGAGCCGCCACACGGGUACAAGUGCAGCUGCCCCUUUGGCUGCGGGGAUGAUAGCGCUGAUGUUACAAGUCCGGCCAUGCCUCACCUGGAGGGAUAUACAAUACAUUAUAGCCAUGACUGCCCAAAAGGUGGAUGUAAACUUGGCAGACUGGCAGAGGAAUGGAGCAGGUCUCUUCCACAGUCACAAACAUGGCUUUGGGCUAAUGAAGGCAUGGCGACUCGUCAACGCAGCCAAGAUCUGGACAAUGGUUUCCUGGUUGACAGCUUAUUCUCAUGAAAGUGGAAAGAUCCGGAAGGAAAUCCCCAAGUCCAUGUCAAGUCCUCUCAUUGUCUUCUAUAACGUGACUGAAGGUGAUAUUGGAGGAUUUGACCUCUUGACCUUGGAGCAUGUGCAGGUUACAUUGUCUCUCGAACAUCCAUACCGCGGAUAUCUUGAAAUCCAAUUAGCUUGUCCCAGCGGUACCAAGUCUGUUAUAGGGGCUCCUCGAAGGCUGGAUAAUUCCACCAAGGGAUUUUCUGGGUGGACGUUCAGUACUGUCCGUUGCUGGGGAGAAAAGCCGGUAGGAACCUGGAAACUGACUGUUAUAGAUACAGAUCCAGGCGACCAUGGCAAAGGAUACCUAACAGAGUGGAAACUGAAGUUAUAUGGUAGUCCCAUGACACAAGAGGAGUUCCAGGAACGUAAGAAAGCGGUUCACAAAGCCAUGAGUGGGGAGUAUUUAAAUGACACCUACAGUCUGCCAUGUGGAGAGCCUCCUGUCAAAGCCAGACCGGACGCACCAAUGUCAGAAAAAACUCUUAAGAUCCUGGCGUUGGUUAGUGCGUUCUGUCUCGUCAUGGCCAUAUACGAGAGUAUGGAAUAUGCCCUCUGUUACAAGGAGGAAAAACAGGAGCAAUUACGGCGUAAAAAUCUCAAGAAAGAUGCAAAUCGUUUGGCAAACAGACACAGGAUUGGAGAUCAUGAUUCGUCAGAAACACGAGCUCUAUUACAAGAGGAAGAGGAAAUCCCAUUGGAUAUUAUAUCAUCCAAUCAAAAUAAUUCAUCAACAUCAUCUAUUCAUAAUAAUUCAAACCCAAGCCUUGACACAAGUUGGAACAGUUUUUCUGAGAGUGACUUACAACGAAUGCCAGACCUCGGCGAUGAGGAAGAGGAGGUCGUCUACUCACAACAACGUACAGAUAUGGGCAUAUUGGGUGAAAGACAAGUUAGAAAUACUCGUGUAUAUGCAAGCAUGACCAAUCAGAGCGCUGCCAUUUUAACCAAUCACAACACAGAAUCCAGACACAACAGAUAAACUUUGUUAAUGAUAACCAAUCACAACACAUAACCAAUCACAACACAUAACCAAUCACAACACAUAACCAGUCACAACACAUAACCAGUCACAACACAUAACCAAUCACAACACAUAACCAGUCACAACACAUAACCAGUCACAACCCAUAACCUAUCACAACACAUAACCAGUCACAACACAUAACCAAUCACAACACAUAACCAAUCACAACACAUAACCAAUCACAACACAUAACCAGUCACAACACAUAACCAGUCACAACACAUAACCUAUCACAACACAUAACCUAUCACAACACAUAACCAGUCACAACACAUAACCAGUCACAACACAUAACCAAUCACAACACAUAACCAAUCACAACACAUAACCAGUCACAACACAUAACCAAUCACAACACAUAACCAAUCACAACACAUAACCAGUUAACCAGUCACAACACAUAACCAGUCAACCAGUCACAACACAUAACCAAUCACAACACAUAACGUAUCACAACACAUAACCAAUCACAACACAUAACCAAUCACAACACAUAACGUAUCACAACACAUAACCAAUCACAACACAUAACCAAUCACAACACAUAACCAAUCACAACACAUAACCAGUCACAACACAUAACCAGUCACAACACAUAACCAGUCACAACACAUAACCAAUCACAACACAUAACCAGUCACAACACAUAACCAGUCACAACACAUAACCAAUCAAAAUACAGAAUCCAGACACAACAGAUAUACUGUGUUUAUGAUAACCUAUCACCAAUUUUUAUUUGCUGUCUUGUAUACUUUUACUGAUGUAUCCUUUAUGAACUUUUUUUUAAAUCAGUUGUCUUCCAAUAUCUUCUGAAACAAGUUUUCAACGAAUCACAAAAGAAAUGUCAACCUAUUAAUGUUGAAUUACACAUUUUUCCAAAUUAGAUUUAACUAUUUGAUCUUGAUUUGACCCUGAAAACAUUUGAUUUUCUAUGAACACU